AUGGUCUCCAGUGUUACAGCGGUUAGUGAUCUCUGCAACAAAAGUUGGUAUCUCUCUGUUCAUGAGCAAUCAAGUCUAAUUGAGAUGAAGGAUACCAAUAUGGUAGUUCAAUAUCAGUAUUUGAUUUUCUUACAUCAUUUUGGUUGUUGGUAGUUUUUUUUUUUUUUUUUUUUGACUGUUGGACAACAACUUUGAAAAAAAUAAAACAUCGAACAUUGCUUUGCUGGUUUUUUAGGAAAAGGAUAGAAACGUAUACACGCCAUUACCAAUCAUUGAUGAUACAAAUUUACAUAUUGUCGAGGAUAGAAUAACUAGACAUGGAUUUGAAACAUAUUACUUCUUUUUUUCUUUUUCAAAUCUGAAAUUAUCGCUCUUACCUUCUUUUCAGUAUUACAACUUUAGUUGUUGAAUAGAGGCAAAGCUUCACAAAUGUCAUUCCCAUAACGGAAUAAUCACCCUAACGAGUAGAAAUGGCAGAAAAAUAUCAUUGCCCUGUCUGAGCUUUUAAGAAAAUCUCUCCUAGUUUCCCAGAUGCUAAAACGGCACUAAACCCGGGUUUUGUGAACUCCUUUCCAUUUUUUAUUGUAAACUUGACAAACAGUAAGUCUUAAGAGGAUACAAAAUGAUGGGAUUGUAGCUAGGAAAGUACACGAGUUUUGAGGUGUGUCAAACCCUCAACGAAAGAACCAAACUUAAUAAGGCAUAAUCAGAUGAAGAAAAAAAAGGAUGUACCCUUGCUAUAAUGAGAAUGUAAGGGCUGGACUCUAUAACUGUUAUCAGUUGCAGUGGAAUUUCAAUGUGGAAAGUCAGCUGAUUGGUUUAUAAGCAGUCUAUCUCAUGAUUCAUGCUAGAAAACUACAUGAGAGAUUAUGGUUGGGUGAAUAAAAAUCUUUCAAUGUUGAUUUUAAUUAGCCUUUAGAGGACCUUAUUAUGCCCAUUAAGGUAUAUUGUUGACUAUUAUCUAGUCAUACUGAGUUUUUGCUCAGUUAGUUGGCCUAUGUUCCAUUCAUUUAAAGAGAUUCUAUUAUGGUUUAGUUAAAUGAUUUUAUAGAAUCACGACGAAUUGUGAGCCUGGUGGGAACCUUCGUUCAAGUCUCAGAAUAAGAUUUGGUGUAUUGUGUCUUUGCCUGAUAUUUAGAUGCAGCCGCGACUGUUGGGAGGAGUAUAAUUUAGACACUAAUCUUACGAACCAACUGACAUGUAGUGUAAUGAUCUAGAAAACUGUAAUACUUUGCAUUGCUAGGUGGUCGGACUCAACAGAUUUAUAAGUUUAUUUUAAUCAUGAUUAUGGCUUAGCACGAUCUAAAUGUCAUUUCACUCGCUGUUGCAAAGCAGCAGCUGCUGAACUAGGAGCUAUGAUAGUGAAAAAGGAUAACAUAAGGAAAAUUUCAACAUGAUAAAGCAGUAGGUAAUCGUGACAUUGCUUUUUUCAUUUUAAACCAAAUUACAUGCAAUGAGGAAAGCCUACUUGUUAUAUCAUAACUGUUUCAGUGUGGUAAAAGUGGCGAAUAAAACUAAGAAGAAGAAUUGUUCAUGGUACUGUAGUCGGCCUAUAUUGAAGUAGGGUCUAUGAUUAAUAAGAUCUCCAAUGUCUCUGAGUCGUCAUAUAAUUCAAGUGUAGUACGCAUAGAGAGAUAAAAAUAUUCGUGAACGAAUUAAACCGUAAUGUUUACAAGGUUAUUAGUAUUUGGUGCGUAAACGUGAAAAAAUAGUUGCAUCUUCCGGUAAGGAAGAUUUUUUUCUUUGGCUAUUUAUUACCUCACAGAUGAUGUUAUGUUCGUUGACAAAAAAUUAACUGUUUUCUCGUACCUUUUUUUGCCAGUAUGAAAUGCUUAUGGAAACAACUAUCUAAUAUUCCCAUUCGAUCUAGAAGUUCUCCACCUAUCCUCACCUAUCAAUCAUUUGUGCACCAUAUUUAUUUAUUUUUCUCUGAGCUUAGGCCAGUAGUGUUCUGAUAGUUUGCCUUGCUAAUUUCUUUAUAUAAGCUAAAUCAUCUCUAAUUUUCCUUUUUUAUGUUUUGUUACGACUUUUUUUCUUCAUUUACAAAAGUUCCAGAUGUUUGAAGUAAAAUUUAGAAGUCUAAAUGAGGACUCACAAUAUUAUUUGCUUUCCUUCCUUAACUUUUUUCUAUUGUCUGUAUGGCUUAUGCUAUCUUUUAGGUGCACAUAAAUGGAAAAUUCAUGGAGAAUAUGGCUGCAGAAGGUCAUAAUUUCCAAAUGGUAUGCUGUUACUUCUGGUUACGGUAUUUCAUUAAUUAUUCUUUAUAAAUAAGUGAUGGUAAUUUUGGUUUCUUACGCUCUGCUGAAAAAACUUUCUAUCAUCUUCAUGAUAUCUUGUAGUUGGUACGUUUUUCAUGAUAUAGUCUCAUUUGUGUUGCUCUUGUUCAGGAACAGUUUCAGACACGUUGCCAUGCUUAUUUCAGGCUUUCAGCUUCUGUCGCUUUGGCCACUGACGUGGUACUAUUUCCAUUGAAAAUAUUCUCCUGCCUUAUGUCUAACUUUUCUUCUUUCUAUUUAAUUUAUUUUCCGAUCUUCUCUAUGAAAAUUCAGUUUUUAUUAUGAAAUAAGACGAAAAUGCAAAUGCCAAUGUAAUUUAGUUAUAGAAGCUGUAUUACUUCUGACAGUUAACUUAGAUUCAGGGCAAUCAACGUGCUUGAUUGCUAGAAACAUAGAAUGGCUUGAUGCCAUUUUUUGAAAUUCUUUCAAGAUGUAUGAUGUUGAAGUAACGCAAUACAGCGGAUAUUAUUCUUUGUAUGAAUGGACUUUGUCAAAUUUGCUGCAGUUUGAAGGUCACCGUAGAAGCAGUGUGUCAGUGAGCAAAUGUGCAAACAUAAAUGCAGUCUGGGCAUCACUUUUGGUUGAAGAAUUUGUUCGUCUUGGUUUGACGGUGAGUUUUAAUCAUACACGUGUAUCUUCUUGUGGGCACUUGAUUCUGAUGAGCUUUAUGGCAGUACUUUUGCAUUGCACCAGGAUCAAGGUCGUCCCCACUUGCCAUAUCUGCUUCAGCUCAUCAACUCACUACAUGCAUUUCAUGUUAUGAUGAACGUUCAUUGGCAUAUCAUGCUGUUGGUUAUGCAAGAGGAUCAUUGAGGCCUGCAGUUGUCAUUACCUCAUCUGGUACUGCUGUUUCGAAUCUUCUUCCAGCGGUAGGAUUUGUUGAUUCUCCUUUUUUUGUACCACUGUUACGCCACUACAGUACACUUUUUUUAUUACUGUGUGAAAGAACGUAUACUUAAGAGUUCUGUUCUUAGUUGGACCGUUUCCUCCUUGUUAGGUAGUUUCCUUGUUUUGUGGUCCUGAUACUUGUAUAUAACAGUCAUCUAUGAUGUGAAUACGAGUUGAGUUUUUCCCCUGCAUAUCCUCCUAGGGUUUGUGCUCCUGUUCAUGACAUGGUAUUAGAACCAGGUUAUUGUUGCUGGCUUCCAUAGAAUCUAGGGUUUGCUUCCUUCCUUCUGCUGUAGCCUAGGGUUUAGUUGAGGGUUGUUGCUUGGUUCACGAUGGAAUCAAAAGUAGAGGAUGGUACUACCAUAUGAACUCCCGGUUCGUACCUCUUUUCUUCUCCUCUUUUGCAGUGGAUGUGAGAGACCAGCCUGGGUUGACAUUGAUUGCAUUGUUUCCAAUCACAGUAGGCUGAUAUUCCCUAUCUUGUUUGCAAAAUACUUUUAUGAUUAUCUUCAUUGUCGACCCUUUGUUUUGUAAUUGCUGAUAACUCUUUUUAACAAUCAACCUUCAUUGUUGAUCCUUUCAGCCUUGAUUGCUGACAAGAAGUCUGUUUUUCUAGCAACACCAACAAUCCUUUUACUAGAAGUAGACGUCAUUUUGUCUACAGAUGUCAGAAAUUGUAGAGAUGAUUACUACAACUGCUGGGCAUUCAAGCUGCAUAUAGAUUGGAUUGAAAAACAAAUCCUUCGGUGGUCCCAAUUUGUUCGCACCAUGCUGAAAGGAAAAGGAAAGAUCAGCCAUCCCACAGGUAUAGGGCCAAAAUCAGAGGGGCAGUUUGAGGCAUAGGAUGAAGAAGACUCUAUGAUUAUGGCAUGGUCAUGGAAUUCUACGACUCCUGAGAUUAGUGACACAUUUAUGCUCUUGGCUACAGCCAAGGAUAUUUGAGAUGCAAUCCAACAGACAUUCUAAAGCUAGAGAUGCAACUCAAGUCUAUGAAGUAAAGGUGAAGACAAUGGCUGCAAAACAGGGAAGCAAAAUAAUUAUGGAAUAUGCAAAUCAGCUGAAUGCUAUUGUUGGUAAGAACUUCAACAUUAUAGGGUAAUUGAAACCAAAUGUCCUGAAGAUGCAGCUCCUAAAAGAUUUCAUCAAGCAAGACUGAGCCUAUGAUUUUCUUGCUGGGCUUAAUUGAGAAUUGUUCAAGUGUUGAAAUACAGGUAAAUACUGCGUUAGCAGUUGGGGUGAGGUGUAUCACGUGCUUCACUUAAAGAAGCACGUGAACAUCACUCGUAUGUCUCGGGAUGUAAGGCUCUAUGUCUAGAACCUUCAGCUAUUGAUCUGUUAUAAAUAAUAGAUCCCUUUCUCGAUGUAAAUAAGUCUUGAAGGAGUUUUUCCAUCAUAUGUUUUUAAUAGAAGUUUCAUUUUUCCUUUCCACAAGGUCUGUUGUUCUUCAAGAAACGAAGGAACUAGAAGAAAUUCAACAUGGUAUCAGAGCUAAUCCAAGUGUGAUUGUUCCUUUCUUAUUAUCUCUUUUUGUAUAAGAGAUUUAUGCUGCUUCUGUGAGCUGCUUCUGUGAGCCGCUUCUUGAGGACUUGGAAGAUCAACAUCGCUCUUUGAGUCCUUCUCAAGGCGAUUUUUGAUCUUCCUUUAAAGACAUACGAGAAUUACGUUUUUUUUGCUCAGUAAAUAGUUGUUCCUAUUCCGAUUUGUUGUUUUUCUAUGUCUGGAGGAGAGACCUCAAUAGGUGACGUCUCUACCACCAUUAUGGAUGUCAAUCAUGUAUCAUCAAGAUUGAUGAUUGAACUCCCUACCAUGCCUACGGAAUCUAAGUUGACUGAAUAUAAUCUCAUCCAAUGGUUAGAAUAUAUCAGGGAAGUUCUUACUGACAGAGCGAUGCUACACCAUCUAGAGGAAACCACACAGAUCCAAUGUCAAGACAAUUUAGAAAAUGGCUAGAGGAGGAUGCUUUGAUAAAGAGAUGGAUCUUGGGAACAAUGAUUCCCCAAGUCAAUAGAAAUCUUUUCUUUAUGAAAAUUGUGAAGGAUCUAUGGGGAAUAGUACACAUGAAAUAUUUGAUGAAAAACAAUGAGUCACACAUAUAUGAAAUGGAGAUAAAAUCUCAAUCAGUUGCUUAAGAUUUGAAAUCAAUGGUGGAGUACACAUGAGAACUUAAAAAAUCUAUGGUAGGAACUUGAUUAUUAUCUUGAUCUUAAGAUUCAAGAACCCAAAGAAAUUUCUACAUUACGAAAUUUCAUAGAACGAAGGCAGGUCUUUAAAUUUUUGGCUAGUUUGAGUCUUGUGUUUGAUCAUAUUAGACAACGAAUUCUAGGAUGUGAAAGGAGACCAGAUCUAAAUGAGGUGAGAUCAAUUGUACUGAAUGAAAAGAGUCGUAAAAACUUGAUGCUGUCUACUCAGGAGUCGGGUAAUACAUUAUUUUUAGCCAAACUUGGACAGACCAUUAAAUCAGCAGAAUAUUCGAAUCAUGAAUCAUCAUCUGUGCAAGGGAAGAACUAGAAAAACAAUUAUACAGAUAAUCUUUGGUGCACUUAUUGCAGGAAACCUCGUCAUACUAGGGAGUGAUGUUAUAAAUUUCAUGGCAAACCAUGAAAUUCUGAGAAUCGAGUGAAUCAAGUUCACAUGGUGAUUGAUUCUUCAUCAAAUCAGAAGUCUGGACAAACAGACCCAAGAAAUAUUGAUUCAACUCUAUCAAGUGAAGUAGAAAAACUUCGCCUUGAAUUAGAGCAACUGAAAGCAAUGAUAACACAACAUUUACAACCAUCGAUGAGUUAUCAAAUUGGUGAUUUCCACUCUUCUCUUGGUGUUUGAGCUCCAUCCCAAGAUAUUAUUGGAUGUUGGGUAAUAGAUUCAGGAGCAAUAGAUCAUAUGACAAAUUUGUCAUAUCAUUUUAUUACCUACACCCCAUGUUUCAGUGAUCGAAAAGUGUCUACUACUGAUGGUACACUUCUCACGGUUGGUGGUAUUGGAGACCUGACCUUUGAACUUUUAGAAAUCUUCACCCAAGUCCUCCAUGUUCCUAAGCUUUUCACCAACCUUAUUUCUGUAGAAAGCCUUGUUAAAAACACACAUUAUCGUACCUUCUUUGAUGAAGAUCUUUGUGUUAUCCUUGAUAAGGUCUAAAAAUGGUGGAUUGGAGUUGCUAGAGAACGAUGACUUUACAUCUUGGAGGGACUUAGCCAAACCUGUCUUGUGGAAGCAGAUCCAUCUCUAGAACAUCACAAUGAUUUGAGUCACAUUUAGCACCUUCAUUAAAGAUUAGGUCAUCAUUCUUUUGCUACUAUGAAGAGUUUUCUUCCUUCUUUGUUUCAAAAAGUGUCUGAAAAAACACUUAAGUGUGAUGUAUGUGAACUGUCCAAAUAUACUCGUGUUUCCUUUUUUAUAAAAAAUGAAAGAAAUAAGAUCUCUUUAUCUUGCAUUCAUAGUGAUGUUUGGGGACCGUCCCAAUGUAAAUCUACUAGGUAAAAAAUGGUUUGUUACCUUUGUGGAUGACUGCACCGAUUGCAUGUGGGUCUUUCUUCUUAAACAGAAAUCUGAAGUUUCAGUUGUGUUGAAACAUUUCUGUGCAAUGAUCAAAACUUAAUUUGAUAAUCCUAUUGAGAAAUUUAGGUCAAAUAAUGUUAAGGAAUACUUUAGCAAUGAUCUGAAUUCCUUUUUUCAGGUUGAGGGUAUUAUACACGAGUCUUCAUGUGUUUACAUUCCUUAGAAAAACGGAUUGGCAGAAAGAAAAAAUCGACACCUCUUAGAGGUUACAUGUUCACUCUUGUUUCAGGUGAGUGCACCCAAAGUUUUUUGGGGUAAAGCUCUCUUAACAGCAACAUCUCUAAAAAAUCAUUUUCCCACUAGAACCUUGGAUUUCCAAAGUCCUAUGGAGAAGUUAGCUUCUUUUUUCCCUCUUAAUCAUCUUCAAAUCUCAUUAGAGCCUCACAUAUUCGGAUGUGUCUCAUUCAUUUAUAAUCAUAAUUCAGCUAAAGGUAAAUUAGAUCCAAGAUCCCUCAAAUGCAUGUUUGUUGGAUAUUCAACUACUCAAAAAGGGUAUUGUUGUUAUCAUCCACUAAUUCAAAAAUUAUUUACAACUAUGGAUGUUACUUUUUAUGAAUCUAUUUUUUAUUUCCAAAAAAUCUCUCAAGACACAUCUUUGCCAUUUCCACCUUUACUUGAUGUUUCCUCAAAAAGAGUUUCUUCUCCUCCAGGUCAAAUUAUUCUACCAAUUUAUCUGACCAAAGUUCAUCUCUUCCUGAUCCACUUCCUGAAAACUCAGAUUUGGUCAGGUUUAUUUUAGGACACAAGUACCUCCAAAUUCUGGAUCCCUAGUGGAAAUACUACCAGUCCCCAAUCCAAUGACCUUAUUGCCCUCAAGAAACCUCCAUGGGCUUGUACAAAAUACUCAUUAUAUCUUUCAGCAAACUUUAUUUCCUAUCAUAAACUUUCUCCAUCUUAUAGAACUCCUUGCUACCUUAGAUAAUAUUAUCAUUCCAAUUUGUAUUUCAGAAGCUCUUUCUAAGAAAGAGUAGAAACAAGCCAUGAAUGAUGAGAUGCAUAUUCUUGAGAGAAACAAUACAUGGGAGCUUGUACCUCUCCCUAAGAAUAAACAGACAGUUAACAGUAAAUGGAUUUAUUCUAUCAAUGUUAAUGCUGAUGAAUCAGUUGAAAGGUACAAGACCAGGCUCGUAGCUAAAAGAUAUACACAAGUUUAUCAAAUUGACUACCAUGAAAUUUUUUCUCCUGUGGCAAAAAUGAACACAAUCAAAAUUAUUUUGUCAUUAACUGUUAUUUUUAGUUGAAAUAUCCAACAAUAUGAUGUGAAGAAUGUUUUUCUUCAUGAGAAUCUUACUGAUGAAGUAUAUAUGUAUUAUCCACCUGGUUAUGGAGGACAUUUAUCAUCUUUCUUGAAUCUCAUGACUUGGAGAGAUAAAGAACAAAAUGUGGUAGUAUGGUCAAGUGGAAAUGCUGAAUUUCGAACAAUGCCUCAUGGUCAAGUGGUCUGUAUGAAUGAUUUUUUGUUGAAGAUCAUCUUAAAGGACUUGAAGAUUAAGUGGAUGGCCCCACGAGACUUUAUUGUGACAGCAAAUCUGCAAUUAGCAUAGCUCACAGCAUAGUACAACAUGAUUGAACAAAAAUCAUCAGAUACUUCAUCAAGAAAAAGUUGGAGAGUGGAUUUAUUUGUACACCUUUUGUAUUUUGAAGUUUUGUAUUCAAGUUGGGAAUGGAGAAUGUCUGUUCACCAGCUUGGGGGGGGGGGGAGUGGGAGAAAGAAACAUAUGGUUAAGACUUUGGUUCUUAGUUGGACCAUUUCCUAGUUGUUAGGUAGUUUCCUUGUUUUUGUUGUCCUGAUAAUUAUGUACAACACGUAUCUAUAAUGUGAAUAUGAGUUGAGUUUUUCCUCUGUAUAUCCUCCUAUUGUUUGCUCCACUGUUAAUGAGUAUUACAGAUUACACUUGUUAGAAAAAUAUUCCUCAUUAUGGCUGUUUGUGGCUGAUUGCAUUGUCCAAGAGACCUGAGAUUCAAGUUCUGUCAUACCAUGUUAUACUUUAUGGGUAAGAAAUGUAAAAUUCCAGCAUAGUCAUUUUUCUAACUGAUCUGAUAUCCGAAUUCAGUGCUGCUUGAUAGAUAUUCCUUUAGCUUAUAUCCUUGUCCAGUCACAGAUCCCUCCAUCGAAACUUUCAUUCAAUUUUCCCCCAACAGCUAUACCUGUUCCUGGUUUUCCCCUCAUUCUCUUCCUAAGUCCCUUGAUUUGUUUUUAUUGCGCUUGAAGAAAAUACUCUCUACUGAAUUUGGUGAACAAAUAACUUUCAUGUAUUGCCCGAACAUAUGACAUGAAUGGAGAACCUAAUUCCCUAUUGUGGAGUUUUUUCUCACAAGUAAUUGGGGAAACUAUCUGACCUUCAUGGAGAACCAUCUCAAGCUUCAACUUUCCCUUGAUCCCCUGCACUAAACCAAGGAAAUUCUUCAUCUUUUGUGGAAUUUGGAUUUUUUUUCUUGUAAUAUUUAGGUGUUUAGAAAACACAGCCUUUGUUUUACUUGGCUCUUUCUGUUUUUGUCAUAUGUUUCUGGAAGAACCUUUAUCAGAACUCUUUAAUGUUGGAAUUGGAUAUUCGUGUUAUAACUAUGACUUUUACCCUAUGCAUGAGUCAGGAAACUAAAAGUCCUCUUUGUGAGGGUUAGACACCUUUGGUACAAGCACCUCCACAUAGACAUGUUUCUUAUCAAACAAUUAUAGUUAUUUAUCCUUAUUUGAAACCCAGCUCGAUUCGUAUUUUUUUUGGUAAAAUAAAUCUUUCAAUUUUAAAUGACAUCUCCCCUUAGACGGAUAUAAUUUUAAUAUUCGUGUUUUUGUUAGAUGUUUUUGCUCGUUAGCUGAAUUCUCUUUUUUAUUUCGUUUUGUCAUUUAUCUAUUGUUCUUAUCAACCAGACGCUUGCAGGUGGUGGAGGCUAAACAAGAUUUCCUACCAAUUUUGUUACUCACGGCAGAUCGCCCUCCAGAACUGCAUGAUACUGGAGCAAAUCAAGCCAUCAACCAAGUAUUUUCUUUGUUAUUUGAAUAAGAGUUGCCUCGUAUCUUUUGCUUACUCUAGUCAAGUGUUCAAGAGUAUUUUAUAUUGCGGUGAUUUAUCUUUAGUGAGUUGUCCUUUUGUUUGCCCAAGGCGUAUGAGUUCAGAAAAGGAUAACUGUAGCUCGAGUGUUAUGUUCAGGCGUAUCUUUUGCUUUCGAUUUAUGUGGGUUUCAUCGGUCAACUGAAUACUCAAUAUUUCAAGGGAUUCUCAUGUAGCUCGAGUGUUAUGUUCAACCUUACACCUAUGUGUAUUUUGAGUCAAUAAUUUUAUUGUCUUUCUAUUUAAGAAGAUAUGAAGGAUCAUGUGUGUUUAGUCGUAUUUUUCUACGGCGAGAAUCAAAUGAUCUAUCCCCUUUUUUCAAAAUGAGAUGAGUAUGUGCCUUCAUGUAUGUUACCAUUUAACAUUAAGGAUAGUGCGUGGCACUGAAAUCUAGAUAAGACUCUAUAAAAUUAAUAUCAUAGGCUUUAUUCAUGAAGUAUACAUGGAAACCUGAAGGCAAUGUCUCCAAGUAGUUAAGCUAAGAGUGCAUAUCCCUACCAUUUUUUUUAGUUGAUCAGAAAAUAGUUUUAAAGAAACUUUCUGGAUUUUUCCUUGUUUAAAGCUGAAUGGAGUCCCGUUUGAAUAAUACAAACAGAAACUCCAGUUGAGUUCAGUUGGUUGGGUCUUGUCCUCGGCAUUUGUGUAAAAUGCAAUUUGUAACUGUCUUGGGGAUAUUAAUGUAGAUUGAAAAUUAGGUGGGGACUUCAAAAAAAUUGCUCACUUGAAAACACUAGUCUACAACAAAAUCAGAUGUCUUGGUGAAUAUUGGCCGGCCCUACGGACUUUGGGGACUAAGAGAAUAAAACAAAUCAAGAUCUCUGUAUUGUUAUCUUUAUGAGUGUUCCGCUUCUUCUUUUUCUGCCUAUUGAAUUUUUUUUUAUGCUGAUAAUUUUUCAAUUUUUAUAAUGACUUGGCGUUUAGCAAACUUUGAAUGAUAUAAUGUCGAUAUCCUUCACAAACUAACAGUGCAUGUCCCUUCAUUAAAAUGAUAGAGAGAUGUCUCAAAUUGUUUUUGCAAGGUUAAUCACUUUGGUGAGUUUGUGAAACAUUCGUUCAGUCUUCCUCCACCAACUGAUGACAUUCCUGCAAGAAUGGUUCUCACAACAAUUGACUCUGCGGUGUACAUUGCAACUCAUCCAGCUCAGGGCCCUGUCCAUAUUAAUUGUCCCUUUAGAGAACCACUGGAAAAUUAUCCAAGGGAGUGGACAGUGAAGUGCCUGAAAGGAUUAGAUAAUUGGAUGUCAAAUCACAUACCUUUUUCUAAGUACUACAAUAUCCAAAACUUUUCUGUUUGUGGUCAGAUCAACGAGGUUCUUAGAAUUGUUCAAGAUGCUGAAAGGGGUAUUCUAAUUAUUGGUGGUCUUCACUCGGACGAUGAAAUUUGGGCAGCCCUCCUAUUAGCUAAACAACUUCUCUGGCCAGUGGUAACUGAUAUACUAUCAGGGCUACGGCUGCGGAAACUUCAUGGUGCAUUCUCUGACAUGGAUAACCUACUGUUUGUAGAUCAUUUAGAUCAUGUGCUUGUAUCAGAUUCGGCUAGGAUCUGGGUGGAGCCAGAUGCUGUUCUACAGGUACUCCAAAAACUUGCUUGGCAUUUACAGUACAGAGAUAAUUAAUUGAAAUUUAUAUUUCAAAAUAAAUCAUACUAGAAAUUUGACGAUGCCCGUUUAUUCCUUCUCAUUGCGCUUCUGUAUGGUAGAGAUCUACAUUAAAUACUGUUGCUUUAACAUCUUGUAUAGACAAAAAUGCAUGGUUGAGAUUGGGGGAGAUAUGGUGUAGUUUGUUUUGGUGAAAGAGUAUAAAAGUCUUGUGAAAAUUUUUCUUUAUGUUUGGAUUUGGAAAAUUCAUUCUUGUGAACAGUCUCGUAGAUAUAUAACAUUAGUUUUUGGAGAAUCAUGCAUUUAUAUGCGUUCAUCCCUCAAGACUGUUAGAAACAUAGUAGGAUGCAUCUAUUGGACCAAAUAAGACAGUAAUCAUGUAGCUGAUUUUGAAAUAAAAUACCUUUUAGGAUAUGGCUCAAGUCAGAGGCACUAUCCAGCAAGUCACUCUUCACUUUUCUCCUCUACGAACACCGAAUUAUCCCACUAAAGGAGGACCCUUUCAACGUUGCAUAUUAGCCAUGACUUUAAGUUCAGCAAGCACAGAAAAGGCUACUCCCAAGAGACCUGUUUUGGCGAGGUCCAAUGAUGAACCACCUGGAAGUCUGAGGACUGUGUACAGGGACGGGUCUCCUUAUUUUGAAGGCGAUUCUCUGCGUUUUGAGGGUAUAUUUGGGUUAGAAGACAGCUCUGCAAAACCCAAAACUAAAAAAAUAACGCAGACCACUCUUGAGUACAAACAGGAAAAGGAGGAAUAAGAUCUCCUGUGGGAGUUAUUAUCGAGAAUAAGUAUAAAAAGAAAAUCGAAAUUAGACACGUAGUUAUCUUUCCAGGUGAUAUCCUGACGGGUUGUUGAAGAGUGGUCCAAAAACUUAUGAAUCUUCCAUCUUUGACAUGAAGAAAAUCAUGAGGUGAAUUUACUACUGUGUUGUAUUGACUGUAUUUCUGAAGGCAUAGAUCGAUACUUUCAACUGGAAUUUCACACAAAUAUUUUUUCAUGCUUGUUGUAGAUAUAAUGCGAAUUAUUGGCAUAAAAGUCAACCCGGAAUUAAUUCAAAAGAUUCUCCACUAAGUUUUGUGCAUAUGCGGAAUCAGAAAAUGAAAGUCGUUGAAAAUUAUGACGUCUUGGAGAACAGUCGUGUCAGUUGAAACAGGUUAGGGAAGAAGGUAGAAGAAAUGGACUUUCUUGGGUUGGUUCAGAAUUCCGCAUGGAGUGAGAGUGAGAGAGUGAAGGUGCGUUAUUGACAAUAUUGAAAUAAAAAUCAGACAGAUGCUAAGUACGAUUUUCAGAAUCUUAUAUGGAGUGAUUUAAGAGUUUUUCAGUUUUCCCGUUAACCAGACCAUCAAUUUUUCUUACAUCAUUGAAGUUCAUGCAUAAAUUUGCGUUUAUUUAACAGAUUGGAAGCAGAAUCACGAGUAAACGUAUCUCUCAGUGGUUGGCAUUUCACUCUCCACGUUCAUACAUCUUGGUGGACAAGCAUCCGUACCGCCAUGAUCAUUCACAUAUUGUUACUCAUAGGAUACAAAGUACUGUUGCUGAAUUUGCUGAGAGUUUGCGUAACAACUAUUUUCCUCAGAAAAUGAGCAAGUGGAGCAGAUUUCUUGAGAUGUUGAACAAUACAGUAUGAAUCUGCGCAUUGUUUACCGCGAGCUCUUUCAUUUGUUGGAAACUUUGAACACUUGUAUUCUGAUAUAGUGAUUCAAGAAAUGUCUGUCCAUCAAAAAAUGUUUUGAAAUGGUUUAAUGAUUGCCAAUUUCGUAGAUAUUUACAAUUUCAUCUAUGCUCAUCCUGAUACAUAAUUUCUUGUUAAACAUUUAAAUAUUUAAGCUGAAGAUACAUUUUGAAGGAAGAAUAAUUAGAACCAUUUCACUGUUUGGACCUGUUACAGAAGCAAUGAAGAAGAACGGUUAUAUGGUCGAGAAUGAGUGUAUAUAUGUGUUUGAAACAGUGAGCAGUCCAAAUGAAAUACAUGGUGUUAGAUUGAGAAUGGCGAGUUCUGUCUCACGAAAUGUCUUCCCUUCUUUUUCGUUGUCAUGAAGCCAGUGCUAUAUUUCUUAUUUUUCCACGGUUCUAACUCAGAGCAUAUAUGCUCAAUUUUUGUUAUCCCGUUGAAUCUUACUCUUUUACUAAAUUUUUGUUGAUAUUUAACCCCUAUAAACGAUUAGAUCACGUACAUCUUUUGGAGUGUCUUUGUAUGUUAUUUAGGUUUAGGAAAUCCGUUAUACACUAUUGUCCCAAAACACAAACUUUCUUCUCAUCAAAACUGUUGUAAGAUCUGUUCUAGAUGGAAGAAGCUCAGGAAAAGGUCGUAGUCUUAUAUCAAUAUUCAAUAAUCAUUAUCUACCUUAAAAGUUAAAUCGUUUUUCAUUCAAUAAUGUUUUUCCUUCACCACAUUUGUGAGUGGAUGCGUUGAGUGAAUGGCAUCAGUUUCGAAGGACAGGGUAGCACUAUCAUUAAUUUUCGAUAAUUUUUUCCCAUUGUCUUUUAGAAGUAAAGGAUUUCGUUGCCAUGAUUCAUUUCGAGAAAUUGUUGUGCACCGGAAAUUGCAGCGCAUGAUAUGGCUAUUUUUUUCUAUAUUUUAAUCUUUCUUUGUAUAUUUCUUGUUUAUUUCAUGGGAAAUAGUUGUCUUUCCCUCUUUACGCUUAAAGGAUAUGGAAGAAGAAGAUUUUCAUUCAACAGCUUCAAAAUCGGGGUCCCCAUCCACAUUGUAGGGAGAGAGAGAGAGAGAGAUGAAAGUAUUUCGCCUAUCAAUAUGGACUAUGGGCUGGAUUGUUCAGUUCAAUUAACUUCACACACUUAGCAAUUCUCUUUUUUUAAGAUACGCUCUUUUUUUAAGUGGAAUUUAGGUAUUUACUAUGUCGUUUUUAGAACUCAGAAGGAUUGGUGCCUCUAUCCUUUUAGCUCUAUCUUUGUGUUCUUUAUCAUUAUAAGUGCUCCUCGAUAAAAGAAAGGCAUUUUAAUUUUUUAGUGAUUAAACAAUAAUGUAACAGGUUGCAAGGGAAAUUUCAUUUCAAAUCUCUGCUGAGUACUCUUUAACUGAGCCACAUGUUGCUCAUGGCAUUGCUGAAUCACUUCGAGACAACGCUGCUUUAUUUAUUGGAAACAGCAUGGCCGUUAGGGACACAGAUAUGUUUGCAAGAGGUUGGGUGGGACCUAGCUCUUCAACCUUGCACCAAUUCUUAUGUGAUGGGUUACCUUUGCAAGGCAUACGUGUGGCUGGGAAUAGAGGGGCAAGCGGCAUUGAUGGCCUACUUAGUGCGGCAGUUGGUUUUGCUGUUGGGUGCAAUAAGAGAGUAAGAAAGUUGAAUUUAUGCAGAUUAGUGCUCCUCGUGGUUAAAUUCACUUUAAUUUUGACUUUCUAUUGACAUGCAAUCCUGAUAAUUCAGAAUUCCGGUGCUAAAACAUGCAUUUUUUUUCUUAGUUAUGUAUGGUAUCAUUUAUUGCUGCCUGUGCAAGUUUUUUUAUCCACGUCACCUUCUCUAUGUAAGAGUUGAUUACAUAGUACUCAUAUUACCUAAAAUUACUUGUAGUAUUAGUGAGAAAAAGUGUACGCUCAUUUUCCGUCUUUUGCAUCCACUCCUGAGAGUCUUUCUUAUCUUAAAUGGAAUCCACUUCUUUGAAAGUAUGUUAUAUGAUAUCUUCACUUUGAUUGCCUUAGGAGGAAAUAUAUGCCAAUCCGAUUAAGCAGAGGCAAAUGUACAAAUGGUAGAAAAGCAUUAGUCAAUGACAAUCCAAUUGGUGUUAGAUUAUGUAGUUUGACAAUCCAGAUUGUGUACGCGUAGAAAGUAUUUUUAAUGAAAGGAGAGAGGUUUAGGGAGACAUUGUUACUCGGAAAUCAAAUUAUGGGCUUUUAUUUUGAGAAUUGGUAUUAAUGUCAUUAGGAUUUUGAAUUAUGACGUUUUGAAUAAGCUUUUGGAAAACUAACCAUGAGUGAUUUCUAGUACCAAAAUACUAAGAUUAAGAGGUUCAAAACUAGACCAUGCCUGUAGUUGCGCUUGUGAGUAGUGAUGAAUUACCUGGAAGAUAAGAAAUAUAUGCCAAGUUGAGUCAGAACACCCUUCACGUUUCAAGAUUUGCAGUAUAUUUGAUUUAUAUGUUGAAGCCAUGUAUAUACGCUUUUGUAGGUGAGUGUUAAGUUAAAUAUGCAGUCAUAUUUUACUUACUCCCAAGUACGGUUGAGUUUAAUAACUUGAUUUUUAUUACAAUAUUCGAACUUCAGGUUUUGUUCAUGAGUUGUGCCCCAGCCAGUGCUUCCACAUGGCAGAACGUAGACAGUCUGGGAGAAUAUGAAUGAGCUUGUUACAAUAACCGUAUGCUAGAAGAGACAACGGACAAGAUUUAACCUUUAUUUUUAUGUACUUUUGUGGUUAAUACAUUCCUAAUUGCUUUUUUUAAGUUACUAGAUGGAUUGUAAGAGGCUUGUAAAACGCAUGUGAUUUGCCUUAAUGAUGAAUUUAGAUUAGUUGUAUGCUGAUAUGAAAGUAAAUCGCAUGAAUUUACCUUUGUUUACGAUUGCUUAAACUCUUUUCAAUAAAAAUUAAAGUUGUAUGAACGAACACAUGGUUGUGGUCAUUUGCAGUUAAUUUUUUUUUGUUUCUUAUAUUUCGGCAUAAAGUUUCUAUUUUUCAGGCAUUUUGAUUUAUUUAUUUAUUUUCCUUGGAAGUAUUCUAAAACCCUUACAUUUGUUAUGAUAGAUUUACUUUAAAAGUGAUAAAAAUAUUUACCAUGGUUCACUCAUUCAUUUGGUAUGUCUGCAGGUUCUUUGUAUGGUUGGCGAUGUAUCAUUCCUUCAUGAUACUAAUGGAUUGGCUAUUCUAAAUCAGAGGUAGGGCCAUGAUUCACUUUGAUCUAUCAUCCAGUGGAUUAUUUUCUUUCCAUGCUUAAUGGAUUAGUUGGAUUUUUCUAACAAAAUUCCUUCAUUCUAUGGAGGAUUCAGCGGAGGCCUAUGACAAUACUCGUGAUAAACAACCAUGGUGGUGCGAUUUUUAGUCUAUUGCCUCUUGAAGAGACGACGGACUUAGAUACAUUACACAAAUACUUUUAUACGUCACAUGAUAUUUCAGUUAAAAAGUUAUGUGAAGCGCACAGGUACCCUCUCGAAUCAUGAUAAUGUCGAUUAUACUUUUAUCUGAUUUAUUACAUCAAGAAUUUAUGAUAAAAAAAUUGCUUUUAUUCUGUGAACUUUAAAUAAUCUCUUAUAAACUCGAUGCUAUGUUCCGUUACCUGCUGUUGCAUUGUUUCUAGUUAAUCGUGAUUAAAUAUCGGUAAGAGCUUCCAAGAAUUGGCAAUGGAUACUUUUUCCUCUCACACGAAUGAUUAGUCAUAGUUUUUUUCUUCUUCUCAAUCCAUUUCCUUCUCAUCUGAUCAUAUUUCCCGUCUCAUUGCCCUUCUCUAUCUCUCACUCUAUUUUCCUCUCUACUUGCCAAUGUCGUUUUGGGUUGAAGUUUCGCAUGGUAACUAUGCAUGCUUUCCCCCCAGGAAAAAUCCUUGAGUCCCAUUUAUUUUCUGGGUUCAAUUGGAACCGCCCGGACUCCUUUUCUAGGAAGGUGGAUCAAACACUCUUGGAUCCCCCUUUCAAGGCUUCCUAGGACCCCGCCUUGGCCCCCUUGUCAGAUUGGCAGGUUGGGUAAACUUGGGAAACAUUUGGGACGUGUAGUUAGCUUCAGUUCAUGGCCUUCGUCUAGGAUCCUCUUUGGACGGAUGGUUGGAACUUCGUUCUAACGUUGGCAUAUAGUCCAGAUAAGCAAGUCUCAUGGCAUGGCUAGUUGAAAUCGGUCCUUGGUCGUAGUCACUCUGCCAAGUAGAUGGUGAGGAUGCUCAGACAUUAGGAGGGAUAUUUGUUUCAGCCCACAGGCUACAAAUUUGAUGGUGAGGUAAAGACUUUUCAUCUUUAUAGGGUAUUUUCAUGUUUCUAAAUAAUACAACGAACUUUAACUGACAUCGAAGGAAUAUGACAUAGAUAUUUAUUUUUUUAAAAGUUCACAUUGGACAUAGUUAACCCUCCAAACGCAGGUUUUGGAAUCAUGAUAUUGAUCGAUUUUCCCUCUUAUUUAGUGGAAAUAUCAUCUCUAUUCUUCAAGGUACUAACUACAGAAAAAUGAUACAAUGUGUUUUAUGGGACAUUAUUUUUUACUGAUGAGAACCUGAUUUUAGCAACAAUAUCUAGUUUCAAGUUCAGAUAAGCUUACCGUGAAUUAUGACAAUAUCGCUUUGUUUGACCUCUACCCAAUUGUUCCUUAUCCUUCAUAUUUUGUAACUUUUCUUUUUUCACUUUGUUGCUACCACAUUUUUCUUCAUGUAACAGAGACGAAACAUGUAUGUCAGAAUAAACAUUUACUUACGGGUGCGGGAGGGAGGGAGGGGUUACAGGGAGAGAUGAAAAUGCGCUACAAUGAAGAAAAUAUAUCGAGUUAUUUUCCUUCUUAUUGAAAAUGUUUGUAAGUAUAUCUAUGUAGGUAAGAAUAGCUCCUUUUUUAAUAAUUUUCACAUGUAGUGCAAGCUACAGAGGUAGGAGCUCGAGGAACGAAAAAUCAGAUUGCAUUGACACUUUGAAGCCCUUACCAAAUGAUCAAAAUACCCUUAAAUAUGAUAACUUCUAAGUGUAAAUUUUCUUCCGUAAGCAAAUAAAAUUUUAAAAAAUAGAAAAUACUAGUUUGAGGCUAGAAUAAGCUCUGUACGGCAGAAACUAAUUGUAUUACACAUCGUUUUGUUCUUAAACUUAUCUAAUUUAUCUAGAAUAAGCUCUCUUCGUCAUUUUACCCAAAAAAUUUCAUGUAACUUAAAAUAUUGGAUGCGGAAAAAGGCAGGGUGAGCUUACCAACUUGGGAAACAAACUCCAAAACCUUUUGCUUUUCUCAUUGAUCGGCUCUUUUGAUUUUUUUGACGAAAUAAUUACUUUUGCAUAGUAUGCUAUGUAUUUUUUGUCCACUUUUUUAACACCCAUAUGCGAGAAUAGACUUUGGGAAGGCGGUUUCACAUCUGAACUCACAACUUGGAAGGCGUAGAUCUGGGAGGUCCUGGAGCUUUCAGAAAGACUUUGGUUUUGCCUAUGUGAAUGAAAUUUCUAUCAAAGUCAUCUUGUGGGUGUUACAUUUAAACCACAGUUCCCGUGAUGUAUGAAAAAAUUGAUAGACAUUUUAUCACUUCAUUUUGAUCUGAUCUUUGGAGUUUUGAAUGUUACGUGAUGGGCCUAGUUGUAAUGGCCCUCAAAAUUAUCAAUUGCAAAUUUUGUAGUGUACGGCAUCUUCAUGUACAGACAAAGAUGGAACUGCAGCUUGCCUUGUCAAUAUGUCAACAGUCACAAAGGGACAGCGUUAUAGAGGUUGAAAGUACCAUAAAGAGUAAUUCAACUUUUCACAGGUUGGACAUUUUUACUGGUUUAUUAGUUAGUUAAUAUUAUCUUUUAGAUAGUUUACUUAAUAAAUUGUGCUCAUUUUUCAGCAUCUUAAAAUGGUCUGCUGGCCAGAUAACAAAUCAAGCACUACAUGUUCUUUCACCGGUUCAAGAUCGAGUCCUUGAUCCAGUAUCCCUUUGCAAGAUAGAAAAAAUGGAGUAUUCAAUGUACAGGUUGUUUCUUUGAGAAACACAGAGAAUUUCUAUUUCAUUGUAGGUUUCAAUGGAGCCUUCAUGUAAUUGUUUCAGAAACAGUAAAUAUAAACCUUACUUUUGCGUGCAGGAUACAACUUGCCCUUCCGCUCACAUCUGGUCCCAAGAAUAGUGAGGGAAAUUCGUUGUAUAAGGAGGGUUAUAUCUUGUCAUUGACUCUGGAUGAUGGGAGCGUUGGACACGGUGAGGUCAGUACACAUUAAAAUUAAUGGUAGUGGAAUAAACCUUACAAACGUGACUUCUACAUCAAUAUGAUCUCCAUUUCUUCCUCAUUCUUCUUCCAUUUUUGGAAUGAAAGAGCAACAUGCAAUGUUCAAGGUCUAGGAUCUUGCAAAUGUUAUAUUCCGUAAAGGGAGAUUUGAUCUUGAGUUUUUAAAGAUUAGAUAUUAUUCUGAAAAUUGAUUGUCAGUUAUAAUUUACUUUCCUUAAUCUCAGAGACAUUUUUGUGUCGAAACGAUUCAAUGAACAUCAUAGGAUAGGUUUCCUGCAUGGCAAUCUUCACGUCAUUUGGAAUGAGUGGCAUAAUAAAAAUCAUUUAGCGCGCCACAAUUAUUGAAUAGAAAGGGUAGUGGCUUCUGUCUUUCUUCCCUAUUGUUAAAGGCACAGGCCAAAAUGACCCUCUUUCUCUUCUGUUGUCAAAUGUAGGAGUGAUAAAAAGGCUUGGAAUAUAUUAGAGGUUCCAAAAAGCUUCGAAGGGAAAAAUAGGGGAUCUUCAACCAUCGAGGUUAUAAUUCAGAUGCUUUCAGGCACAGUGAAAGAUCAAUCUAAAACAGUAAAAACCUUUAAAUACUGUUGGAGAACGUGUUGCUUCCCAGGAUAGUGAAGCAACCUUCAAGAUGAAGAGGUUGGCAAAUCUGUUGACUCCUUUAGCAUACUUACCAGACGAUAAUGCCAUAAGUUAGAGGCAGGCUUCGAAAGUUCAAGUGGGGAAAAUAAGUUUAUCUCUCAUGAAAUGGUUGAGAUUUGAUUCUUUAUGGAUGACUCUAUAGUCUUGGAGCCUUUUUAGCCUACAGUACUAAUACAUUAAGAUUCAUCGUCACCCUUGUCAGUAGCUUCUGUAUGGCCUUUUCGGGUCUGCAUGGUUUAAGGAAUGGCCAAUGCGUUGUUCAACCAGCUAAUUUAGAAAGAUUUUCGAAAAUCAUAGGAAACACGUGCCCCCUGACUGUUGUGCUAUUUAGAGUCCGUUAUACUAUUCAGGAUGACUAAUUUUUUUUGAUCCGUUUUACUUGAAUAAUUCCAUCACGUGGAUAUUGAGACUGAGUGACGUGUUUUGACAUGAGUUGUAACAAAUGUUGAGCCUUUCAGCACAGCUUGUUGGAUUGUCUGGGGCCGGGUUAAUCUGAUCAUUAUAGGACUUUUCUGUAGAUGAAAGACCACCAAAUGCGUCAUCCCGUAUAUUUUAAACCAAAACUCUCGUAGAUAUGAAUAUUCUUUAUUUGCUUUUCCUCAUCGAUUUCUUUAUUGACCCCAAAAUCUUUGGAAUAUAUGCACACAUAUAUCUUCCCAAGUUGAAGAGAACUAUUGAUCACAUAUCGGGGGCGAAGAAGAGAAAAAAGUUGAGAAGACAGAAAAACUUGGGUCGUGGAGUUGGAGAGUCACUCUCAUAGCUGCCUUUCUGUUCAAGAAACUGCAUGUCUGUUUUGUUUCACAUCAGAGACUGUGUCUACCUUGGUGUACCCUCUCCACUCGUUGUCAACUGGGUUCGAGUUGGACAAUCCUAACAUGUUACAAGAAUGAAUGGUUGUUGAUAGUUUCCAUGUACCUCAUUUUUUGUGACGUUUAGAAGUUGGUUUCCACACAAGAGGGCGUGCUAAAAUAGUUAUACAUUAUAAUGAAUGAAUAAAAUGAUGUGAUUUAUGCAUAGAGAUAUGGAUUCCGCUCUCGCCAAUUUGUAUUGAAUUGAAUAGUCCAAUGAUUUAACACCUCAUACAGAGCUCUAGAUGCCAAAUACGAAAAAAAAGGAGAGCUACUUAAAAACCUAGAUAUGACUUGUUGGUCUAUGAUCCUAGCGUACCAUUUAUCUGAACAGAAACUUCAAAGUCGUUGUACCCCAAAUGGGUUAACGAAUUCUUUCAGCUCACGUGUGACCCCACUUAAGAUGUGGUGCUGCACUUAUUAUUGACGGUGUAUAAUACAUUCAUAAUGUUCACAUUUAUUUAGGUAAUUAUUGGAUAAUAAAAAAUAGAAACACAAGAUGUUAAUUGGACUAUAUGUCUCAUUUGCAGCUGAAUUUCAUCUGCUGACUUCCCUGUUCUACUCUUCCCCUGAGGCAGGGGAAUGUGAUGUGGCCACUGCCUAUCCAUGAUGUUAAUAUUGGUGGUCAUCUUGAUUAUGGAACACCGUGUUUAUUAUUUUUUUGGAGAAAAUGUUAGCUAAUCAAAAUGGGAAGUCGUGGUUCCCAUCGUUAUGAAAAUGCAAAAUACCAGAAAGAUGCCUCCUUUGUUGGGAAAAAAAAUAAAUCUGCUUCUUGAUUAAAUAUGCAUGAGCAUCCAGGAUGACAAUAAUAGCUUGCAAGAUUCAUGAAAUCUUUUUUUCUUAGUCGAACUGAGGACCCAAGUUCAAUAAUUUUUUUAAGGGAACAGCAAGGAGUGGGUCACCUUGUAUCCUCUAUAUUUCCAUCCAGACCCAUAUCCAUACCGAUUGAAUGCUAAUUAAAUUCCAUUUUUGUUUUUUCCUGAGUUCUACAUUGCAGUUGUAUCCUUUUAGGAUUAGCUAAUUGUCAGUAGACUGUAGCAACUUAGCAGGGCUGGACUCGGACUCUUUUACUAGAAUCUUACCCUUUUGCAUCAGCAGUCCCUCUGUUUAUUGAUUACUUGGAUGUGGUACACUUCCGAAAUCAUUUUUGAUGAAGAUACCUGAUUGACAAAUGUUAUUCAUCCGCCAGGCAAUGAAAUGAUGACCGUGGAUACCUAUUGCCCCACCACCUCCUGGUUUACCUGUCACAAUGUUGGGUUAUCCCUCACCAUAUUAAUGAUAAAAAUAGGCAGAUUCAUAUUUCACACAAUUAACGAACAUCAUUCCCUUCUUUUAUCUUACUGAAAUCAAUUCCACCUAAUGUUUUGUUACUUAUUGUUGUAGAAUUAUUUGUAAUCGAUUUUUUCUAAUCUUAACGGUUGGAUUUGCAACAGGUUGCCCCAAUUGGUAUUCACAAAGAAAAUUUAGAAGAUGUUGAGGAACAAUUGAGAUUUCUUGUUCAUGUAAUUGAAGGAUCAGAGAUCAACAAUCUUCUCCCUAUACUUAGGGGUUCCUUUUCUUCGUGGUUUUGGAGGUAUUUAGGAAUAAAGGUGGGUGAAAUUAAUGAAAAAAAUUGUAAUUGACCUCAUAAAUAUUGUCAUUUUCUAUGAAAUUAGCUAACAUUAUUCCUUCGGUUUCUUCGUUUUUAGCCUUCAACAAUCUUUCCAAGUGUUCGCUGUGGCAUUGAAAUGGCAGUGCUUCUUGCACUAGCUAAACAACGAGGUUCCAGCUUUUGUGAUACAGUAUUCGGAUAUGCAGAGCCAUCUGUAAACAUCUCAUCCCUUUCAGUGAAAACUGAUGAUGUUAGAAUGAAACGGUCUGGCAUCCAAGUUUGUGCUCUUGUAGAUUGUAAUGGUACUCCAGAGGAGGUUUCUCACGUUGUCUCGCAGAUGGUGGCCGAAGGUUUCACUACAAUAAAGCUGAAGGUAAGAUUACUCAACCAAUUAUGCUUUGUGAAUCCCGAGGUCUUUUUUCGUUUGCUCCAGUUGAUUUUUUGAGUUGAUGCUUAUGGUAAACCGCAUCAUCGUUUUCAUAGACAUUCAAAUAUAUCUCAGAAGCAGUAAUAACAGAACGACGUACAUCAGGUUGCUCGUCGAAAAGAUCCACUAGAAGAUGCCGCUGUUGUGAAAGAAAUCAGAAACAGGAUUGGGCAUGAAAUCAAUCUACGUGUGGAUGCCAAUAGAAACUGGUCGUAUGAAGAAGCUGUCUUAUUUGGAUCACGUGUAAAACAUUGUUCCUUACAGUACAUUGAGGUAUAAUUUAAUUGCAUUGCAACCCGUGGCAUUGGUAUUACUGAUCUGAUAAAAAUUGAAGGAUAAAAGUUUAUUCUUGGCCUAUAUUUUUAUUAUUAUUCCUUGUUGAAAUCCAUAUUAUAUAAUGGUUUAAAGAGAUGUGUAAAUGAGAACCCUAUUAUUUGGUUGCAUGUUCUCUCCAGAUUUCAAAACCCUAUGAACUAUUGUUCUGAAAUCAAGUUACCCUUGUAUCCUGGCUUAGUUCUUUCUUGGACUGCUAUGGAUUUGAAUCUUCCAUAUGUUGCUAAAUGAAUAUUGGAAAAAAAAUAUAGGGUGGCAUAAAUGUAGUGGAAAAGGAUACAAAAGUUUUCGCAGUGUCACAGUAACUGGUAGAAAAACUAUAAACACCUUUCAUGAUAGGGCGGGUGGAAGUUUGUUGCAUAUAGCAUGUAUGGUUGCUUGUCAGACUGGACCAGGGAAUGGGCCAUUCUUGAUUCAUUCUCGAAUCAAACCUAGAGUCCAGUUCGAAGGGUUGAUUCCUCCCAAAGAUGAAUUUGAGUACCUACCCAAUCCGCUUAACUCAUCUGAUUCAGAGAUCUUAAAAAUUGACUUUGCACUCUUCCCUAGAUUGGUUAUAGGAGGUUUAAUUCCAAAAAUCAGAUUUAGUAUUUUUUCUUGUGUCUGGGUUUGUUUGUUCAUAGAUUGACAGAUUGAGGGUUGGAAAGUGUGACCAAAGGCUGCUUUCAUGAAAGUCUUCUAUCAUCAUGGGAGGAAAACUGGUCCUAUUUGCUAAAUAAGAAAAACUUUAGGAUCUUACGAAGGAUUCUAUCAUAAACUGAAUAUCUUGGCUGUUCGUCGAAUAAUGAUGCACCCAAGUCAUGGGGAUGAUGCCUCCUAACCCUAGGAGGGGAUAGGGAAGAGAGAAGAUCAGAGAAAAGGUAGAGAAACAAUCACUCGUGAACACAAGUGUUUUACAUGGUUCAGAUACUCUAUAUCGAUGGAUACAUGUAGUCCAAUGUGUUGAAUGAGUGUCAAGAUACGAGAGAAGAAUUGGCGCUCAUUAGAGGUGUCUAAGGAAACGGAUGUAGCCCCAAAAAGUUUCUUUGAAAUAGGAAGUGACCUUAUUUCCCAGAUAAACGGACUCCAGAUUCUGACACCCAUACAUCUUCAAAUAUUUUCUGCCCUUCUUUUGACUACUUCAUUCAAAGACAUCCAAUCGUAACUUCCAGUAAACACAGAUGCAUUUACACCUGAGAUAUACACCUUAAAUUAGACACUUCUCUUAAUUCUUGCUUCGUGCUUCUCCAUCUGCAUUUUUCUUCCUCACAUUUUUAUUCGCCUUUUACCAAAAAUCUAUGCAUCUUUGAAUCCAAGAACACUUUUUUCUAAGCUUCUAUGAAAUUCAUCUAGUUUCUGUGCUGUCGUACUUUCUACCUAUAUUUGUGUCACAAUGUAGUCCUACUGCAGUACUCUUUUCUUUUCUCGAUUAAGGAAAAAAAAGAAAAACAACGCUAUCAUCUUUUAGAUUUCUGAUGCAAAGCGUACAAGGAUAAACAGUCAGGAAAAAUCUCUUUUACUGCACAAAUUUUAGAAUAAUUGCUAGUUAUAUACAAUUACCCUGGUAAAAAAAAAGUAAACUACCCGGGUUAAGGAAAUUCUUAAUUAAACGUUUUUCCCACAAUUUACAUUGGAAUUAAUAGAUGUAAAGUCCAGUUUGAUGCAAGUUGCAAUGUCUUUUUUUGCUUUCGUGAGUGUAUUUCGAUGACCUCAAACAGAAAGCAGGACCAAUUAUUGCAUAUUUUUUGAAAUAUGAUUGGGACCACAAACGCUGUGUUCAUUGGCUGUGUUCUCUAAGCAUCAAUCAACUGAAAGUGUUUUAACCUUAAUUUUACUUCAAUUGUUUCAGGAGCCUGUGCAAUUCGAGGAAGAUAUUAUUAAAUUCUGCAAAGAAACUAAUUUAUCUGUUGCACUAGAUGAAACCAUUGACAAUAUCAAAGGCGAUCUUCUCCGUAGGCUGGAAAAAUUUGUUCACCCAGGAAUUGUUGCUGUUGUAAGUACAAAUUAAGUUGCAUAUAAUUAUCUAAAUGUCGUAUGUCAUCCAAGUUCCUAUGACCUGAUUUUAUUUUCUUUUAGGUUAUCAAGCCGAGUGUGGUUGGGGGAUUUGAAAAUGCAGCUCUAAUUGCGCAGUGGGCACAGCAACACGAGAAGAUGGCUGUUAUUAGCAGUGCAUUUGAAAGUAGUCUGAGUCUGGCAUCAUAUGUUCUAUUUUCAUACCAUCUCGAGUGCCAAGCAGCAGCAAUAUCAACGGCUAGGGGAAACGAACCAAGGUCAGUGACUGCCCAUGGUCUUGGAACGUACAGAUGGCUGAAAGAAGAUUUAGCAGCCGAAACAAUCAGUGUUUCUACUCAUCCGAAUGGAAAUAUAAUGGAAGCUUCCGUAGAAGAUGCAGGACGGUUGCUUCAGAGAUUCAAAACUGACAAAAGAACUAUCCAUAGAAGUUAUUGCGGGGAGCAAAUGAAGCCAUACAGAUGGACCCUUGACGAUGUGAAUUUUUCCUGCUCUAUCAAGGUCCAAGAGGUUGGAAUUGCAGAUGUAAGAAUCUCAGUCCCUAACAUCACAUUUAAGGAUAGGUUUUGCGGCGAAAUAAGAGCAUUUAGGCUUGAUCUCAUUUCAUCUUCUUAGCGGCAUCAUUGUACAAAGGCUCUUAUAAAUUUGGUCUCAACAUCAUUUAGAAUUUCUAAAUGCACUUUUGAUGAUUUGCCAAGCCAUAUUGCCAUAGACUUAACAAUCUUUUUGAAUUUAGUGAUUCAUGAGUAUCAAGUGUAUAAAAAUGAGUUGGAUCUGGUUGGAGCUAGUAUGCCUUUCAGUUUAAUAGUGCUGGAAGAAAUAAGGAUAUCAGACUGGGGUUACAAAUCUUGGCCACCUUCCUCACCUGUACCCGUUUAUUACUAGAGCGGAGAUGUAGUACAUGUUAAGACCUAAAAUGGACCUAAUGGGGUCCAUAUUCCAAACCGCUCUCGAAACACACUAACAUGAUACUGGGCCUAUUCGAAUGGAUUUUCUAACUUUAAUCUUCACAUUGGAUUGCACUCUUUAGCAUGGAAGAUGUAGAAAACAGUUUUCUUGCUUAUGUUUUGGUAGAGCUGUGUAAUAUAGCUUUGAAUAUGUGGUUGUUGAUGAACGUUUACUGGUUUAACUUUGAUACAUGGCUGCAGAAGCAUGUUCCAUAUAGAAACGUUUGAAUAUAUGGUUAAUAGAUCUAUUGAUCUAUUGAUCUAUUAACUUUGAUACAUGGUUGAUCCAUGAGAUUCAAGGUCUAAAAGAUGAAUGAUCAUUGAUCAGACGACCUUUUCAUGAUUAUACAUGCAUAGUAGUAUCUGAUCUGACACUAGACGCCUAGGAUGGACUUCCUUGAAGAUCAUCUAUUGUUGUGGAGUAUGUGAAAAAUCAGUCAGAAAAAGGACGAAAAGAAACUACUCAAAUGCUAAUUUUUCAUGAUGAUUCUCCAGUAAUCUCCCAGUCUGAUCGGAGAAAUAAAGUGAACGGCAAUACAGAUGAUUAAAAAAUUAAUACUAAUACGCUCCUCCAGAUAAAGAUUAAAGUCUAUGUAAACCGUUCAAAUCUUUAAAUGCCAUGUCUCCGUGGGUCCUGUUUUGCUGGUCAGGGGCAUCCAACAAUCAAUGAGCAUUUACAGGUGGAUGAGCCCAAGCUCUCAGAUGACAGCUCGUUCUUCACACGAGUUACUUGCUUACUUUUGGAAUGAAAGCCCUCGAAAAAUUUAUAUUUAUAAAUGGAAGGAAAGCUGAACUGAAUAUUGUUGUUGACCAUUUUUUUUCAGUGCACAGUUAUUUAAAGGCCACAGUGUUUGCUAGAUGCUAGUGAUCAUUGCAAAUCAUUCAUCAUUAUCUUGUGAGAGCAUGAUUUUUUUUUAAAAAAAACUAUGCUUGAAUCAUCUGAUCACUCGGAUCAUCUUCCUUUUUUUUCCUUCAAGAUUUAAUAAAUGAUUCGACGAGCCACUAACUUUCAUUUUAGGAGCAUGCGGAAAGUUUAUACCGAUUUUUCCAGCCAUUAAAUUACAUCUGUGGGAGAGAAAGAUAAUUUCUUAUGGGUCUCAUGGUUGACUCGCCGCAGAAUCAAGUGACCGUAUUUCUCCACGGCUUUCUUGGUGCUGGUGACGAUUGGAUUCCAAUAAUGAAGGCUCUGUCAGCCAGUACUCGAUGCAUAUCUGUUGAUCUUCCUGGACACGGGGAAUCAGAAAUAGCAUGGAAAGUGGAAAAUGGGGCCAGUAGUAUGUCCGUUGAAUUGGUUGGUGAUAUUUUGCACAAGUUGCUCUCUGAUGCCACUAAGAAAAAGGUUGUCCUCGUGGGAUAUUCAAUGGGGGCGAGAAUUGCCUUGUACAUGGCAACUAAGUACAGAGACAAGGUCUGCUGAUCAUCACAUUCCAUUCAGACUUGAUCCUACUAUCUUGCUCUGAUUGUUUCACUCUGAUCGGCGAAAAUUCCAUGCAGAUUGAGGGAACGGUGCUGAUAUCUGGGAGCCCAGGGAUAAGGGAUGAUGCAGUCAGAAGAACCCGACUCGCACAAGAUGAUGCGAGGGCUCGCUACUUGUCUUCCCACGGUUUGGAGUGCUUUCUGAAGACCUGGUACGCAGGAGACUUGUGGAACAGGUGAUUUCCAAAUAUAUCCCAUUAAUGCUUUAGGGUUUAAGGUUUAGGGUUGAGAAAAUCUAUCCUAAUAAAAAUAUUAUUAACACAAUCUAAAGAUCUUACAUAUUACCACAUUAAUGCAAUUAAAGAUAUAUGAAGUAGAACGAUGGGAGCUCUAAUAAUUUUAUGAGAAAAUUUACAACUAUCUAAACUAAAUUGACUUUGUAGGAAACCUCAACUUAACCAAUCACUGAAUUGAAUAAUUAACUCAUAUUUUGGAGAUAAUCAAGUGUUUCAUGAAGCUAAAAGAUUCUAUGAAGCAAAGAUUCGUCCUCUGGUUUGACAAUAAAUUUGUGGAACACGUGAUUAGAUUACAUUUUUUGAAUCAUGCACGAGUUGCACCUAAAUCACUUUCGUGUUGUACUUCCGGUUGUCACCAACAUGUAUGGCUCGCCUGAUGCAUACUUAACCGAUCGAUCUGUGACUCCAAUAUCUUCCAGCCAGCUGGGUUUUUUUUCUAUCCAAGUGACAGCGUGUUGCAUGUGACAGUUUACGAGAUCACCCUCACUUCAGAAAAAUCGUCAGCAAUCGCCAAAGGCAAGGCGAUGCCCAGGCUCUUGCGCAAGCUCUAUCUGGAUUAAGCAUUGGGAGGCAGCGGUAAGAUAUUCCUCGCUAGUCUAAUGUUUUUUCUUCAUGUAAUGAUUUCUCUCUGUGGGCCAUCAAAUAUUUCACCUCAAAGCAGCAAACUCCGCUGAAUUAAAUAAAAAAUAAAAUAAAAAUUGCGGCAAUGCUAGGAAUCUCCCCUCCCCUCCCCCCCCCCCCCACUGACUUCCUAUGCAUCAGCUGUGCUUAUGAAAUCCCCAUCAGGUGGUGACCUCAGCAUCCCAUCUCACGCUUCCUAUCUGACGAGUGUGCAGAGGCAGUGACACACUCUGUCUGUUCACCCCCCUCUUCGGUUCAUUUCAUGGCAGGCCCCUGUGGGAAGAACUGAGGACCCUCCAGAAGCCCAUCCUCUUGGUAUUCGGUGAGAAGGACACCAAGUUCAAGCGCAUUGCUCGGGAGAUGUUCAAUGAAAUACCGACCUCUGAUGAUGAUGAUGGUGAUGGUGAUGACACUGAAGUUCUCAGCAGCAGCAACAGCCUCUGCACGCUCGUCGAGGUCCCUGACAGCGGCCAUGCAGUGCAUCUGGAGAAUCCUCUCCCUCUGAUCAACGAAGUGAGAAAGUUCAUAGCGAGACUGAAGAUGACCUAAUAAUCAACUUGCUCGCACAGUUCAUAGACAGACCAGCACCACCUAAAUAAGAGCCUCUUUGGAGAACAGCUCGGUUUUUCCUUUUUCUUCCUAUGUUUCUUCUGGUUUCUAAUGGAGCCCCCCCCCCCCCUACUGGUUGCACCUCUACUUUUAGCUUCUUGCUAAACUUCAGUGCUUGAAAUCAACGAGCAGUUAG